ACCUGUCUGACACCUGAUGUCAGCUUGUUAGUGCUGCUGCUGGUCCCCAGCCCGCCACCCAAGCCUGGGAAGAGCAGGGGGACUUGUUACAUCACCCCCUAUCCGUGCUGGGCUACCCAACAACAAAAGUGGGUCAAAUGAUGGGGUAGUGUUUGUCCUCGUGUGCGCACACACACAACAGUGGCCACGUUCAAAGAUGUGAAAGCCAAUGAUUUUGUGGCCCAUUGUGGGACCAAUGUGUGUGUGUUCUGCUUUAAGAAAUAACCUCUUGACCCCAAGCGGAAAAUGUACUACUUGAUUCUUUUUCUUUUCCUUCAGGACCUGGUGUGAAUUAUUCAGGGUGUCAGAUCACCUGGGCUAAAUUUUGCAAAGAAAACAUGGCUGGCAAGGGCUUCUCCUUCUGGGUCUGGCUGGACAAUAUCAUUGACCUUGUGAAAAAGUACAUCCUGGCCCUUUGGAACGAAGGGUACAUCAUGGGCUUUAUCAGUAAGGAACGGGAGCGGGCCAUCUUGAGCACCAAGCCUCCAGGCACCUUUCUGCUAAGAUUCAGUGAAAGCAGCAAAGAAGGCGGCGUCACUUUCACUUGGGUGGAGAAGGACAUCAGCGGUAAGACCCAGAUCCAGUCCGUGGAACCAUACACCAAGCAGCAGUUGAACAACAUGUCAUUUGCUGAAAUCAUCAUGGGCUAUAAGAUCAUGGAUGCUACCAAUAUUCUGGUGUCUCCGCUGGUCUAUCUCUACCCUGACAUUCCCAAGGAGGAGGCAUUCGGAAAGUAUUGUCGGCCAGAGAGCCAGGAGCAUCCUGAAGCUGACCCAGGUAGUUGUUGAUUUUCUAUGUUCCUGGCAUUUAAUUUUUGGGAAAAGUUAGAAAUUUGGGGAUCCUUGGAGGAUAGAUAGGCAAAUGCCUGAAUAACCUGGGGGAUAUUAUUUCUCCUUAUAAGAAAGAACUGUAGUAGGGGCUUUUGUUGGGGUGACUGAUGGGAUUUGAGAGGAGAAUCAGAAUCAGUUAGACUAGUGCAGUUCCUGCUCCACAGAGAGUGCAUGACUCUAAAGAGGGGAUACAGCUUGGACAACAUGGUGUAACCUCGUCUCUACAAAAAGUACAAAAAAAUUACCCGGUGUGGUGGUACGCAUCUGUAGUCAUAGCCACUUGGGAGGCUGAGGUGGGAGGAUCACUUGAGCCGAGGAGUUCAAGGCUGUAGUGAGCGGUGAUCAUGCCAUUGCACUCCAGCCUGGCUGAUAGAGUGAGACACU